CAAACAGGAAAUUGUGACAAAAAGAUUGACUUGGCCAUAGUUCUUGAUGCCUCUGCGAGUAUAGGUGAAGAAAGUUUUAAAGAAGACUUUGCUAAGGCACUGAUCAGGCGACUCGCCUUAUCCAGUGACAGCGUCCGUGUGUCGCUCGUGGCGUCUUAUUCCACUCACGGUACCUCCCUCUCCGAGCAUUCCUUGAUUGAGAAGAAUUAAGCGUGCACGGGAAUGCUUUGUGAAAAAGCCAUCAUCUUUUUUCUUUCUGCUAUUUUUCAGUUGUUUUUUUUCCUUUCAGAAGUAAGAGAAGUUGCUAUUUUUAUUACGAAUGGAUUUAGUUUCAUUGGAUCUGACGCUGUUAAAAUAAGAGCUGACGAAAUAAAAAGAAGAGGAAUUGAAGUCAUGGCAGUCGGAGCCACUAACAGGACGGGAGACGAAGAGCUGGAACAUCUAUUAAGCAAACCGAUCAAGGAUCAUUUUUUUAAGCUAAACGGAGUUGAUGAUAGUAUUUUGAGCAGAAUUUGCCGAUAG